GGGGGAAGAGAGAAGGCAGGGGCAAUAGGGGAAGGAGAGUCGAGAAGACUUGGGCAGUGGAAAUGAGAAAUGGGAGAAGGUUGGAGCAGUUGGAGAAGGAGGAGGCAGGGGCAGUAGGAAAGGAGAGAAGACUGGGGCAAUGGAAGAGAGGAGUGGGAGGAGUCUGGGGAUGUGAGAGAUAGAGAAAGUGCUGAGCACUCCCCCUCCUCCCUCUCAUUAUGAGCGCAGAGCAAAGUCGCGUCUCUCAGUGACAGGCAGCGAGUUGUGCGCUAAAGAGACUGCUCUGCCCCGGGCUGCUGGUGCAUCUUCCCCCUAAACACAGUUUUCCCCACUCCAUGCGCUGCUGCAGCCUCAUCCUAAGGGGCACAAGGUUCCUGGCCUACAGCUCAGCCGACAGCUUCCUCCUCAUCCUCCUCCGGCAGCGCAGCCCUCGGCUCAUUAAACUGAUAUUCUUCUGUACGAGUCAGGAACUGAUGCUCUGUGGCAUGGGCGCGUGUAGCAGGAAAGCCUUGACUCUGCUCAGCAGUGUGUUUGCCGUGUGUGGGCUGGGGCUGCUGGGAAUCGCCGUCAGCACUGACUACUGGCUGUACCUGGAGGAAGGGAUAAUCUUACCGCAAAACCAGACAAAUGAGAUCAAAAUGUCACUUCAUUCCGGCUUGUGGCGGGUCUGUUUUCUGGCAGGAGAAGAGCAGGGUCGCUGCUUUACCAUAGAGUAUGUCAUGCCCAUGAAUGUCCAGAUGACCUCUGAAUCCACAGUCAGUGUUCUAAAAAUGAUUCGUUCUGCAACACCAUUCCCCUUGGUCAGUCUCUUCUUUAUGUUCAUUGGUUUCAUCCUCAACAAUGUGGGUCACAUCAGACCUCACAGGACUAUUCUGGCCUUUGUGUCUGGAAUUUUCUUUAUUCUCUCUGGCCUGUCCCUAGUCGUGGGCUUGGUACUCUACAUAUCCAGCAUCAACGAUGAGAUCUUGAAUCGGACGAAAGAUUCUGAGACAUAUUUCAGCUACAAGUAUGGCUGGUCCUUUGCCUUUGCAGCCAUAUCAUUCCUCCUAACAGAGGUACAGAGCGCUGGAGUCAUGUCUGUUUACCUGUUUAUGAAGAGAUACACGGCAGAAGAUGCCUACAGGCCCCACCCAGGUUUCUACCGUCCACGGCUCAGCAAUUGCUCUGAUUAUUCUGGCCAGUUCCUGCACCCAGAGGCCUGGGUGAGAGGUCGGAGUCCCUCUGAUAUCUCCAGCGAGGCAUCUCUACAGAUGAACUCCAACUACCCGGCCCUGCUCAAGUGCCCUGACUAUGACCAAAUGUCCUCAUCUCCAUGCUGAAUAAGUGGUGCUCUUGGCAGUCGCAAAGAUUUAUUUGUGUUCGUCAGGGAAAACCUGUGGGUGCCCUUCCACACUGGGAUGAUUCCUGGACCCCUCUCAUUGUGUUUAACCUUAUAUCUGAGAAAUGAUUGAUAUCAACACCUGGAUGAGAUUUAUGACUGCUCAUGACAAGGGCAGUUCAUUAAUUCCAUAGUAGGGUAGAUAAAGCAGUGGUGUUCUGACCAUUAUAGUCCCCGUGACAUGGUCAGCGGGAAUCUUAUCGGACAUUAUGUUCUAACAACAACAUCUUCAGCUAUAAACAAAGACAUGACACAGUUUGAUGAUGUCAUAUUAUAGUAAAGAUAUAGGACAGGUGACAGACUUGUAGAAAUGGUGAUCAAAAAAAGUUUUAGCUCUUAGGGCAAUCUGUUUAUAAUGUGAUAAUGUGAUUAUUAUAACACGGUAUUGGGAUAGGAUAACUAGUAUUUGUAUAGGGGAACAAAGAUAGCUUUUGUUUGGCACAUUGGGGGAGACUGCAUGGAUAUUGUCGGUGUGUAUAUAGUGGCUGGGAUCUGGUGCAUUGGCACAUUAUAUUCAUAAGGGGGAGUGUGCUGCAAUAUCAAUGCACAACAUGGGGGACACCGUUCAAAUGCAUUCUUGCAGAUAUCUCACCUUGGAAUUCACUUUCAACAUGAUGUCUACAACCUUCUAAAAGUAACUUUUAGAGUUUUAUAUGGACCUCAUCUGGGUUAAUCCAACAGAGGGGACGGAUGAGUUUGGGAAAGUGCAAUUUGUAAAUGCCCUUUAUCUAACUAGGAGAGAGGCAAAUUGUCUUUGUUAUUACCCAGAAUCAUGAGUGGAGCCAACGUAUAGACUCAAUUCAUGUUUCCAGCCAAUGAUAACUUAGGGCAUUUUGUUUGGGAGUAACAUUGACUACCAAGAAAAUUCUUCAGUUUAUACAAAUUAAAGAUGAAUUUAUAAGUGAA